CUGAAAGGUUUAAAAAUGUAAGGAAGUUGUUUAUCAGUGCUUUAAACUGUUUAAUAUAUUGCUUUAAUUAGAAAUAAGACACACAUGUUUAAGGCAACAUGUCCAUGAGUGUCAGUGUGUUAUCAUGUUUAUUCAACUUCAUAUUAUGGACCUUAUUGGUUUAAAUAAACAAUGGAGUUUCCUACCAGCUUUGAACGCAAAAGCACAUGUCCUUUGUUUGGUCAGUUGGAACGUCAGGAUGAGUUUUGUGACAUUACAAUCAAAUGCGGGACCUGGGCAAAACAAUUCCAUCGCUGUUUGCUUGCGGAAAGUAUUUUCUUCAAAACUUUAUUCGGUCAAAAAGAGUUUCUUGAAAACCAAACAGGAAUAGUCAAUAUCCAGAUAGGAGACCAAGACACGCUUGAACAGGCAUUGAUGUUUCUGUACGACAUUAAUCCAUCGUUGAAUAUGGAGAAUAUAUCAAUAAUGCUUGAACUGGCAGAGUUUCUUUUUAUUUCGACGUUGAAAUCAUUUUGUGUCAAAUGGCUGAAUAAGUUGACAAUUACAGAACACAAUUUUUGGCUUGUUCUGCGCUUAAGAUCAAUAUAUGAUUUUAGCGUACCAUCAUUGGAUGUGUACAUUGAUGAAAAUUUAGUUGAGCUUAUUGCGAAGAUUGAGAUGUUGGAAAUCGACAAUCAGUCAGUAGAUUAUAUCUUAACAAACAAGCAAUUGUCAUAUGUUGGAAUGGAUCUGAAAUUCGACUUUUUGAUGCGUUGGACGAAGCAUGAUGCUGGUAAAAGAAUGAAGUAUUUUGACAAUUUACUUUGCCAUAUCGAUCUUCUUCAGUUAAGCGAUUCAAUGAAUGAAAAAGCAAAAUGUGACAAGUUCUUCAACUAUGGUUACAUGUUUCCAAAACAUAGCAUUAGGCUCGUUGACAGGUUUAUAGCAAUUAUUUUCAAAGUUACCGUCAACAACGUUAAUAUCGAGCUGAUGAUUGUAUUUGAUGAACACAGUAAGGAAUGGCACAAAGUUGAAUCACAUACAUCAUGUGCCCUUAAAUUUGACUAUUUUUUCGAUAUGUCUGAUGAAGAAACAAUUUACCAUGUUUAAGAUGACGACAACGGUACUAUUGAAUGUAUAAAACCGGAAUGUAAUACUCGUGUAACAACUAGACUUGUUCACUCAUGUGAAACUGAGGGUACGGAACUAAGAAGAGUACCACACAAACUGUGUUUUUCCAAAGGAUUUUGCUAUCAGAUUAAUUACAAGAAAACGCACGUAUUGAAACAGGUAUCACCACAAGGACAUAUGUUGGUAGAUGACAGCUCCAACGUUCCGUUAGAUUUACGAACAUAUAGAUAUACACGAGAGUUUGAAACAUGUUAUUUGUAUGUAGGUAAUAUGAGCACCACACACAGUUGCACGUCUUUGACACCAGCCUUAAGUACGUUUAACUUUGACGUAAUUGGGAUAUCUUGUUGGAAUAACCACGUGGCAAUGCUGUCGGAAGAUGAAGAUCUCCUUCUUUACAACACCACAACAUGCAGACUCAGUCAAAUGACCUGUGACCUUGGAUAUGACAGAAAAAUUAAUUCAUUUAAUAAAGGAUUUCUGGUUUUCGACCAUCAGAAAGUUAUUUGUAUCAUGAAAGGUCCACAUGAUGAUGUAUUUCAAAGCGUGUCAGUUGAUCUAUUGGAUGAGCCGUUUUACAACCAAUUUGAGACUUUUAACGAUGCUAGAAAUAUUUAUAUCUACAAGUAUGAUGAUAACAACGAUUCAUUUGUUCUUGGGAUAGCAAACAUAAAUGAGACCUUUACGCCCCCGAAACGAACAAUCACAUGGAAACUCCUGCCUGCGCUCGAUAUAAACAUCAAUUCAGUUAUAUCAAUACUAUCUGUUAAAAUUCCAAAAGCAUAUGCCCGGCGCCAUCUACUUUGUCCAUGUUUACAAGCCAAUUAGCAGAGGAAUCAAACGAAAAAGAUACUGACAGUGGGCAUUUGGAUUCUGGAGUGAUUCCGAAAACAGUAAUGACGAAUAUUCGUCCGCUGUGAACACAUCAGAGGACGAAAGUGACUAAUAUAACAUGAUGAUGCUCGCCAGUUACAUCAAUGGAUCUAUAUGUAUAAUUUCUUUUAAAAUUGCAAGAGUAAAUUUCCGCUGCCAAUUUCUUCUUCAUGUGAACAAUGUAAACAAGUUGCUAAGAGAUAUCCAACAAAUAAAGUUGCGAGAGCGCCGUUGAUUAUAUGUACUACCUAUGAAAGAAGUAUCGACGGUUAAACUAACGCUGUGAUCGGUUAUCAAUAAUAAUAAUAAUAAUGAGUAAAAAUGACAAAAUCAUCUUCUGUAAAGCUGAAAGGAUAAUGACGGUACGAUUGAAUGCUCAAUAGCGCCAACGACAACGUUCGGAUGAAUUGCAUAACGCUAGAAAACAGUCGUAAAGGUAUAUUUACGAAAGCUCUGGUAAUGCAAUAUCUACAUUUGCCCGUUAUAUGGUAUCAAAACGUAGUUUUCUUCUUGUUAUUUCAUAACAUGACUUCUAGUAUUCUAUAACAAUGCCAGUCUCGAACCAUAUAGUUUUAGGUAUCAUAUACACAUAUAUUUGAAAGAUGGACGUCAGUAUUAUUAUAUAACCGUUAACUAUAUAGACUAUUUAAACUUAAAUAUGUGCCAUUCCUUUUUGGACUGUCAAAUGUUAUUUCUCUCCUUAAUUACAUAUAAUAUCAUUAAACAAUUUCUUUUUUCAAAAAUACCCACAUAAUAGGAUAUUUGAUCACCAGGCAUCUAAAAAUAACGGUAUCACAACUUGCUCGAUAAGAUGACAUGUCGCGCUUAUUCCAUCGUCCCAAUCGGACACCUUAAGUAUAAAGUUGAAUGAAAAAAUCCCAGUAAGCAAUGUUGGUUUAACACGUUAUUUCCGACUCACAUUGUCUCCUUCUUUUAAUUUGAAGGUAUAUUCAACAUGCCAGAAUUUGCCGCGGAUCGUCGGGAGAUGAUUUGGCAAACAGUAAUUAAUAUGAUUUUAUUGGUGUUCUGAAACAUCUCUCAUGUAGCAACAUAUCGUUAAAUCUCGUGCUUAUCAUCUUACAUAACUGAUAUAAACACGUUAAUUAAUUGCAUUUUCGUCGAAUAAUUAUUAUUGAAAUACUCGUACUUUUGGCUUUACAGUGAUGCAGAGAUGUCGUAGAACACCUGUUAAAAUACUUCGUCCGAACGUUUUUCGAACGAUUAAUGGCCAUCCGCGACGAAUGUUUGGCCAGCUCCAUCUCGCUGCAUAACGCGACAUGUCUGAAUAAAUAUCUUAACAGUUUGGCAGUAUUUUACCUUCAUAAGUAUGAGUUGUAUAUAAGGAUUGAUUCUAAUUUUUUGUGCGUUCAUACACAAUGAACGUUCGGCCGCGAUUUUGCAUAUCCAUGGAAAAUCGAACAAGUCUUUUAUUACAAUGAAAGGAACAAAACGUAAGAGCACUUGUCGCCCUUGUUUGUUAAGCUUGGCGUUCCUUUUAUCAUCCGCAUAAUAAAUAGUCAAAACAUGAUUGGCAGAAAAAAUAAAUAAUCCAAGAUUAGUUUUAAUCAUUUGGUAGUUAUUGUAAUACAUAUGGUGGUAAUAAUGAUUCCUUUUGUAAUAUUCAUGUUUUAUCACGAAAAAUAACUCCUGUUUUAUAUAUGCAUGAUCAAUGUGUGUGGGCAUAAUACAAGUUGUUACGAUAAUUUUAUGGAUUACUUUCAGUUUAACACGUACAAAUAGCGUCGCAAUACCAUUUUGUUGUUUUCUUUUAAUGUUUUCCAUCAAAUUGUAGUUUAAUGAUGUGCAAGUCUUCUCGAAUUGACACUUUAAGACGAUUGUUCUUACUCGAAAAAUACAUGACAAUUUGGCAGGUUCCAAUAUUUCAUGUAUUGAUAUGUUGUUUUAUAUUAGGUUAUGAUAUUUUAAGAUAUUCUUCUUUAAUAUGACGGAUACUAUUACAUCAUUCUUACGAUGAAAACAAUGCAUGACGACAUUUUACUUGUCAUUUUUUUUUUAAUUGACAGUGUCAUUUUAUUAGUUGUGUGUGUACAUGUGCCGUGCUAUUUACAAAUUACAAUUUUAUUUGUAUUUGUUACAGCAAAUUAUGGAUUCUGUUUUGAUUUGCACAUAUUAAAAUUGGGCCACUCAAGACCUUCCAGUUAUUUCGAACAUGUUGGGAGGAUAUCAAGAUCUUGAC